CUAGUAAAGUCCAACCUUUUCUUCCUCCAAUGUCACAAGCCAUGAUAAAACCACGUGGUCCCCACCUCCAUGUGCCACCCCCAUUGCUCACAGUCUCACUGCUCCACUUCACUUCCCAAACACCCUCCCCCACCCCAUUUCCACCACCACCCUUCUCCCUCCAUCUUCUUCACCAUGAAGAACCACAAGUCCCACAUCGCUACUUACCUAUCUUGUUUCCUCUCCAUAAUCCUCUACGCACACUCCCAAGAUGACGCUUCAGCGAUGCUCUCUCUCAGAGACAGUCUCAACCCGCCCGAAUCUCUCGGGUGGUCCGACCCGGACCCGUGUAAGUGGAAACACGUCGCGUGCUCCGAAGAGGUCAAACGGAUCAUUCGUAUCCAAAUCGGGCACUUGGGUCUCCAGGGAACACUUCCCAACGCCACCGUGAUCCAAACCCUGACCCAAUUGGAACGCUUGGAGCUCCAAUUCAACAACAUUUCGGGUCCCCUCCCGAGCCUAAACGGGUUGGGCUCCCUCCAAGUCCUCAUUCUCAGCAACAACCAAUUCUCUUCCAUCCCCGACGACUUCUUCGCCGGCAUGUCGGAGCUUCAGAGCGUCGAGAUCGACGACAACCCCUUCAAACCUUGGAAGAUCCCCGACAGCAUUGUUAACUGCUCUUCCCUCCAAAAUUUUUCUGCGAAUUCCGCCAACAUUGUCGGCACACUCCCGGAUUUCUUCUCGAGUCUUCCCACGUUGACCCACUUGCACUUGGCCUUCAAUAACCUCCAGGGUGCAUUGCCUUUGAGCUUUUCCGGGUCUCAGAUUGAGACUCUCUGGUUGAACGGGCAAAAGGGUGUUGAAAGCAACAACCUUGGCGGCAAUGUUGAUGUUUUGCAGAACAUGACGUCGUUGACGCAGGUUUGGUUGCAUUCCAACGCUUUUACUGGGCCUCUUCCUGAUUUUUCCGGUUUGGUAAGCUUGCAAGAUUUGAACUUGAGGGAUAACGCCUUCACGGGUCCUGUUCCUGGGUCUUUGGUGGGGUUGAAAUCGCUUAAAGCUGUGAACUUGACUAAUAACUUGUUUCAGGGGGCAGUGCCUGAGUUUGGUUCUGGGGUUGAGGUGGACUUGGAUUUGGGUGAUGAUUCUAACAGUUUCUGUUUGUCACGUGGAGGGAAGUGCGAUCCAAGGGUGGAGAUUCUGCUUUCUGUUGUGAGGGUUUUAGGGUAUCCUAGGAGGUUUGCAGAGAAUUGGAAGGGGAAUAGUCCUUGUGCUGAUUGGAUUGGGGUUACUUGUAGUGGUGGUGGGGACAUUACUGUUGUUAAUUUUCAGAAGAUGGGUCUUGAGGGUACUAUAGCUCCUGAGUUUGGUUUGCUUAAAUCACUGCAAAGGCUUGUGCUUGCUGAUAAUAAUCUCACUGGGUCAAUUCCAGAAGAGCUAGCUUCCUUACCUGGACUUGUUGAAUUGAAUGUUGCAAACAAUCGGCUUUAUGGGAAGAUCCCGAGUUUUAAGAGCAAUGUGGCUCUUACCACAAAUGGGAAUAAGGACAUAGGGAAGGAUAAGCCCAACCCGGGGCCUAGAUCAUCACCUUUAGGUCCACUAAAUUCAAGAGCUCCAAACAGAAGUGAAGAAAAUGGUGGGAAAAGAUCUUCACAUGUAGGGGUGAUUGUGCUUGCUGUGAUAGGUGGUGUGGUGUUGGUUUUGGUGAUUAGUUUCUUGGUGUGUUGUCUGUUUAGGAUGAAGCAGAAACGGUUGAGCAAGGUGCAGAGUCCAAAUGCAUUGGUUAUUCACCCGCGGCAUUCUGGAUCGGAUAAUGAAAAUGUGAAGAUAACGGUUGCAGGUUCAAGUCUCAGUGUUUGUGAUGUUAGUGGAAUUGGAAUGCAAACCAUGGCUGGCAGUGAGGCAGGGGAUAUUCAAAUGGGUGAAGCAGGGAACAUGGUUAUUUCUAUUCAAGUUCUGAGGAAUGUCACUGACAACUUCAGUGAGAAGAAUAUACUGGGACAAGGAGGUUUUGGAACUGUUUACAAAGGUGAACUGCAUGAUGGCACGAAGAUUGCAGUGAAAAGGAUGGAAUCUGGGGCAAUAAGUGGGAAAGGUGCAACAGAAUUUAAGUCUGAAAUUGCUGUUUUGACGAAAGUUCGCCACCGGCAUCUUGUUUCCCUUCUUGGUUACUGCUUGGAUGGGAAUGAGAAGCUUCUUGUGUAUGAGUACAUGCCUCAGGGGACAUUAAGUAAGCACCUUUUUAACUGGAUGGAAGAAGGACUGAAGCCACUGGAAUGGAACAGAAGAUUGACCAUUGCCUUAGAUGUGGCAAGGGCUGUUGAGUAUCUUCAUAGCUUGGCCCAUCAAAGCUUUAUUCAUAGAGACUUAAAGCCUUCAAACAUUCUCCUUGGAGAUGAUAUGAGAGCAAAGGUUUCAGAUUUUGGUCUUGUGCGUCUUGCUCCAGAAGGAAAAGCUUCCGUAGAAACAAGGAUUGCUGGAACUUUUGGAUAUUUGGCACCAGAAUAUGCAGUUACUGGUCGUGUGACUACUAAAGUUGAUGUGUUCAGCUUUGGGGUAAUAUUGAUGGAGCUGAUAACUGGAAGAAGAGCACUUGAUGAUACCCAACCAGAGGAUAGCAUGCACCUUGUAACAUGGUUCCGUAGAAUGUAUGUAAAUAAAGACUCAUUCCAGAAAGCCAUUGACCACACAAUUGAUCUCAAUGAGGAAACGCUUCCCCGUAUUCACACUGUAGCUGAAUUAGCUGGCCACUGUUGUGCAAGGGAGCCAUAUCAAAGGCCUGACGCGGGUCAUGCUGUUAAUGUGCUUUCUUCUCUUGUAGAACUUUGGAAACCAUCUGAUCAAAGUUCUGAAGAUGUAUAUGGCAUUGACCUAGACAUGUCUUUACCACAAGCAUUGAAGAAGUGGCAGGCUUAUGAAGGUAGAAGCCAAAUGGAAUCUUCUUCUUCAUCACUCCUACCUCCUAGCUUGGAUAACACUCAUACAAGCAUACCUACGCGUCCGAAUGGAUUUGUGGAGUCUUUCACAUCAGCAGAUGGUAGGUGAUCAUGAUUGGUUGUAAAUACUUGUAAUGGUCGGUGGUUCUGUAUUGUAUUUUCAUUCUGAAUGCUUCUUGCUGGCUUUUCUAUUUGAAGCUGUUUAUCAUUUUUCAUGUUGUAGUCUCUUCCACGGUUAAUCUUGUACUUCUUCAGUGUCUGUUUUCAGCCUUAUGCUGCCAAAUUGAGAAUAGAAUAUUGUUAGCAGAAUAUUCAUUUCUCAUCUUAGGCUCAUGUUUUAAUCCUUAAGUUAAUGUUAAGAGAUGUAAAUAAAAUGUCAUGGUUAAUUCUUUUACAUGAUAUCACAUUCUUUUGAA